AUGUCGUUAUUUUUUACAUUAUUAUUACUAUUAUUACUAUUAUUAUUAUUAUCUUUAUUAUUAUUAUUAUUAUUAUUAUUAUUAUUAUUAUUAUUAUUAUUAUUAUUAUUAUUAUUAUUAUUAUUAUUAUUAUUAUUAUUAUUAUUAUUAUUAUUAUUAUUAUUAUCAUUAUUAUUAUUAUUAUUAUCAUUCAUCAUCACGAUAUUCCAAUUAAGGAUAAAGGACAAAAUCUCUGGUGUUGACCAGUCCUUUUUCGGCUCCGUCAAGGAGUUCGACUUCAAUCCUGAAUCGUAUGAUGUCCUUUUCGACUCCGCCAAUGCUUUGGACUUCAAUCCUGGAUGGAAUGACCUAAAGAGAAAAAAAAAUGCUUACUACAGUAACUGGUGGAUGGAGCGGGAAAGUAGGCAUUCGAAGGAGGAAGAGGAGGAAUUGGACCGGAAGAUAGCUCAAAUAAGGGAAAAGAACCUUAAGAUCGAGGAGAGGAAGAAGGAAAUUGAUGCGGAUCGUGCGAACUACACCGAUGAGCCACCGCGAAAACCUUCGAAACCCUCUCCUCCUCGCACCGGCAAUAGCAAAACAGCUAAAGGCGAAUGGGACAGAGAAUGGGACCAUGGCAAAACGCCUGCUGAAACAUGGCGUGAGAAUGUGCCGUCCAUAGAUAUUCUGAGGAAACCGUCUGGCCGUGGCGGACAUCAACGGUCCGCGAAUCGUGGUCAACGCGGCGGUCAAAAGUCCCGAGGUGCAACACGUGCUGACGGAGCGCAAAACCCUCAGGUAAACAAAGGAAGCCGUUUGGAGGGAAGAGUAAGCGUUCAACAGCAAGAAUCGACAAACUUCAGAGGUAGAGGUCGUGGCCGAGGUGGCGCACGUCAUCAGGAUCGCAACGCGACGCAUACCGAUGGAGAGCUGAAGAAUAAUGGGAAAAAUCUCGACACAAACAAGAAUGAAUCUGCGCCGUCAAAACAACAUCCGCGUAACAUGCGACGGAACGCAAAGACUUCUAUGAGUAGCAAAGAAGACUCGGCGGCUAAAAAUCCAGUCGUUAGAAAGCCAACAAAAAGACGUUAUACGGAAAAAUACGAGAUCAAGAAAUUGUUGAGAAGAAUUGUGAAUAAGGUGGAGAAGAAUGAAAGGAAAGAAAAACAGGCGAAAGUACGUGCAGAACGAGAAGCGCAUUCAGAUGAGCCUAAAGGUGAAGUGGGAAAAGAGGCGAAAGAGGUGAAAGAGACGACGCCAACAACGAAAACUCCCGUGAAAUCACCGAUCACAUCGGAAACGUCGACUGUGGAAUCAGCGUUGAAGUCGACGGUGGAGCCGCCGUUGAAGGCCGCGGUAGCUGUGGAAGAAGCGCCGAAACCCGCCACAAAUAAUGUCGUCGUUGAGGUGCCGGAACCGACGGAAUCGAAGGCGGCGAAUAACGUGAACGAUAAGGUGAAAACGUUGUCCGUGGAGCCGGAAACGACGACGACGACGACGACGACCACAAAGAAAACCGACACGACGGCUGACGCAAAUCAAAACGUCAUAAAACUCGUCGAAGAAAAGGUGCUUCAUAUUCAAAUGUCUUAA